AUGGCGGUACGGCGAAAUUAUAUAAAAGUACCAGAAGGUUUACGUGAGUGUAUAGAAGGGUUAACAAAACAAGUAUUGCUAGAAAAACCUGAAAAUAUUGAAGAAUUUGCCGCUAAUCAUUUUGAAACCUUGCUUUCAAUACGGGAAUCGGUUCAAGGUGAAAUUUAUCCACAAGAAGCGGGUCAAUACAUUAACAUCGUCAUAAAAAAUAAAGGCAGAAGAAGGGUGCACGAGUGCCCGCACAGGUGGCAACCAUACAGGGAAAAUAUUCCAAGUACUGUAGAAAAAUAUCGUCAUUAUAAAAAUAUAGCGAAAAGUUCAAGGAAACCGGAGGUUUGUGAUGAAUUACCAGAAGACAGACUAGGACACAAUGAUAAUAUAGAUUUAAAUGCUUUUUCGGACGAAACUGAUGCAAUUACUAAAAUACAAGCCCACGUGAGGGGUUUCCUUUCUAGAAAAACGAACAACGCUAAAACUGCAUCUAAUUUUGUUUCAAAAUCAAAAUCAAUAACAGUCCAAACGCCUCAAAAAAGCGUUACUGAUCCAACAAUUCAAACCGAUAUCACAAUUAUUAAUUCUACAACUUCAACCACAGAAAACGAAGGACCAAAAAAAGCAAACUCUCCGAGAAAAAAAUCAGUUACGAUCAAUAUACCAAAUAAUAUCGAAAGCUUAAGUUCAAUUGAUAGUUUUUCAAAUGAUACGGAGGCAAUUACUAAAAUUCAAGCGCACGUAAAAGGUUUUCUCACACGAAAGAGUUUAAACAAAAUAAAAACUUCAGAUAGCAAGAAAAACGAGGUAAGUGAAAAUAAUAUUUUAAACAAAGGAUCUGCUGAGCAACAGUCUGAUGUUAAGAUAGAACACCAAGACGACGUUAAUAUAGAAGAUUUUGAAUCAGAUGUCCAGGCGGUUACUAAAAUACAAGCGCAUGUUAGAGGAUUCCUUACACGAAAACACAAUUUAAAAGAAAAUUCUAUUACUGAAAAAGAAACAGAACAUAUCGAUAUAAAUGACUUUAAAGAUGAUGCCCAGUCAAUAACAAAAAUUCAAGCUCAUGUUCGCGGCUUCCUAACAAGAAAGAACGCCCAGAAAAUCAAUGACGAUAAAUCUACAAAUAUAAAUAGCAAAGGUUCUCAAGUAUUUGAUAAAUAUCCCACUCACGAAACAGAUAAUGACAAAAAUAUGAAGUACUUGGAAGCUGAUCAAAAUGAACUGGAAUCCACUGCCAAAAGUUCAGCAAAAAGUGCUGAUUAUUCACAUGAAAGCCAAGGAAGGGAGUCUUCAGAAACAGAAUUAAACGAAGCUGCAGCGAUUAUCCAAAAAUCUUUUAGAGCGCGUAUGGUACGAAAGCAUAACAAAAAUACUAUUAAAUCUUUCCAAACAGUUAUAGAGAAUAAUGUCGAGCAUAUCAAUGAAGAUACCAAAAGAUCCCGAUUGAUGUCCAGGCGAAGUACUCUACGAAGAGGUGUCGCUAUUAAUGCAAGCAGUAGUAGCGAUCCUGAUAACUCCAAGAGUGAAUCCUCAAGUCAUAACGAUGGUGUAACCAGAAUCAUGGAUAUGGAAGUUCCUGCACCAAAUGAACGCCCCGCUGCAGAAGAAGGAGAAAAUCAAGCAAAACAGGUGACUGAUUCAGAUAUAAUAGAUGAUAAGAUAACAAACGCUAAUGCAAAUGUCAUUGUGACUGACGGUUUAGCUGAUAGCUCACUUUUAGCUAAUAGUGAUAUGGCUAUUAUAGAAGAAAGCAUGAAUUUAGAUAUAAUAGAAUCCAAUGUAGAUGGAUUUUCUACCGAUGCUGUUAAUAAAACAACAGUAUCUGAUAACUUAGAUUCUAAUUUAGAAUCUGUAGCAGUUAAUAUAGAUGAAAAAAAUGGUGAAAAAGAUAAUAAUGAUAAAUUUACUCAGGGAUUAGAUGAAAGUAUAAUUAAUAAUGUUGAUAAAAAUAAUUUAGAUGUAGAUCCAGAAACUAAUACCAAUGAAAAAGGUGUUAUUAUUGAGAAAAAUAAAAACUUUACAAAUGAAGAUACAAAAGAUAUUGAAGUCAUACAAAAUAAUAUAAAAAGUGCAGAAAAUACAGAUGUAGACGCAGUUAACUCCAACGAACAGGCUAUUGAUAUAGAUGUGGAAAAGUCUGGCGAACAAAGUGAAAAUAUAAUUAAUAAAAAUGACGAGGUAGUUCACGAUUCAAAUUUAAAACAAACAGAACUACUAAAUAUAAAUUCCAAUCAUCAAAAACCUAUCGACGAUGCAGUUCCGGUGUUUACAAAUUCCGAUGAGAAUACUUCUAAUUAUAAAUUAGCUGAAAAUGAAGUAGAUGACGCUAUUGAGAAUAGUGGCAAUAAAGUAGAAUCAACUACAGUGAAUGGCGAAAUUAAAAAUCCAGAAACAAAUAUAAAUAAAAACCCACAUGCCUCGGCUGAAAAUCCAGUGCACACUACGAAUACCAUCAAAGAUGAUCAAGCCGUAUGCGAUGCUGAACUUGAACCUAAAAAUACAUUAAAAAUAGACGAUCUGACUGUAAACCAUCCUUUAGCAAAAAAUAAUAAAGCGGAAGAAGAGACGACGCAUAACCGAUCCGGAAGUAUGAAUGUGGACGACGCCAAAAAUGCAUCAGAUCAGACAACCGGAGAAAUUAGAGAUAACCAUUCUUCAAAACAGUCGGAAUCAGGACAAAUGAAUGGUAAUGGUAAAAGUAUCGUAGGAUAUGGCAUGGCUGCAACAGUUAUUGCAGGUGUUGUUGGUAUUGCAUGUGAUAGUAAGUUAGGUACAGAUAAUAAUUUACAUAAAUUAGAUAACAGUACUGUAGAUAAUGUAGUAUCUACUAGUAUUACAAUUUCUAAAAAUGAGUACGUUAAAAGUAUUGUAGGUGAUUCAAACAAUCAUAAUAUUUCUUCAUUAAAUUCAGAUCUUAGCUCUGUAGAGAGUAUCAUGACUAGUGUAACUUCAGAUAACAAAAAAUUAGUUACAGAUAAUCCUGGUAAUAUUGAACUAAAUACUGUUAAACUUGAGAAUGAAAACGCCACAAACUACAUGAAAUCUUGUACCGAAAACGGGCAAGUUGAUAUUAAAGAUACUGUAAAUAAUAUUGAAUCUGGAAUUCAAGAUGCACCAGAUAAUAUUGAAAGUAAUAUUAAAGAUACUGCAGAUAAUAUUCAAUCUAGAAUUCAAGAGGCAGCAGAUAAUAUUGAAAAUAGCGCUGAAGAUACUGUAGAUGAUAUAAAAUCCGAAAUUCAAAAACCCGCAGAUAAUAUUGAAGGUGGCAUUGAAGAUACUGUAAAUAAUAUUGAAUCCGGAAUUCAAGAUGCUGCAGAUAAUAUUGAAGGUGGCAUUAAAGAUACUGUAAAAAAUAUUGAAUCCGCAGAUGCUGCAGAUAAUAUUGAAGGUGACAUUAAAGAUACUGCAAAUAAUAUUGAAUCCGAGGUUCAAGAUGCUGCAGAUAAUAUUGAAGGUGCUAAAGAUACUGUAAAUAAUGUAAGAAUCCGGAAUUCAAGAAAUGCAGAUAAUAUUGAAGAUAAUAUUGAAGGUGGCAUUAAAGAUACUGUAAAUAAUAUUGAAUCCGGAAUUCAAGAUGCUGCAGAUAAUAUUGAAGGUGGCAUUAAAGAUACUGUAAAUAAUAUUGAAUCCGGAAUUCAAGAUGCUACAGAUAAUGUUGAAGGUGACAUUAAAGAUACUGCAAAUAAUAUUGAAUCCGGAAUUCAAGAUGCUGCAGAUAAUAUUGAAGGUGGCAUUAAAGAUACUGUAAAUAAUAUUGAAUCCAGAAUUCAAAACGCUGCAGAUAAUAUUGAAGAUAAUGUUGAACGUGACAUUAAAGAUACUGUAAAUAAUAUUGAAUCCGGAAUUCAAGAUGCUGCAGAUAAUAUUGAAGGUGGCAUUAAAGAUACUGUAAAUAAUAUUGAAUCCAGAAUUCAAAACGCUGCAGAUAAUAUUGAAGGUGACAUUAAAGAUACUGUAAAUAAUAUUGAAUCCGGAAUUCAAGAUGCUGCAGAUAAUAUUGAAGGUGACAUUAAAGAUACUGUAAAUAAUAUUGAAUCCGGAAUUCAAGAUGCUGCAGAUAAUAUUGAAGGUGACAUUAAAGAUACUGUAAAUAAUAUUGAAUCCGGAAUUCAAGAUGCUGCAGAUAAUAUUGAAGGUGGCAUUAAAGAUACUGUGAAUAAUAUUGAAUCCGGAAUUCAAGAUGCUGCAGAUAAUAUUGAAGGUGACAUUAAAGAUACUGUAAAUAAUAUUGAAUCCGGAAUUCAAGAUGCUGCAGAUAAUAUUGAAGGUGGCAUUAAAGAUACUGUAAAUAAUAUUGAAUCCGGAAUUCAAGAUGCUGCAGAUAAUAUGAAGAAACUGUAA